GUCUUUCCUCUCGGCCUAUUCCGGCGCAGGCGCGGUGGCCUCGGACGGCCUGGACUUGCGGCCCCACCUUGGCCAGGAGGUUUCGCCAGCGCCCCCUCGUCGGCCUGGGCCUUCUGGGCCGCACCCGAGCGAUGCCUCGCUAUUGCGCAGCGAUUUGCUGUAAGAACCGUCGGGGACGAAACAGUAAGGACCGGAAGCUGAGUUUUUAUCCGUUUCCUCUACAUGACAAAGAAAGACUUGAAAAAUGGUUAAAGAAUAUGAAACGUGAUUCAUGGGUUCCCAGUAAAUACCAGUUCCUGUGUAGUGACCAUUUUACUCCUGACUCUCUUGACAUCAGAUGGGGUAUUCGAUAUUUGAAACAAACUGCAAUUCCAACAAUAUUUUCUUUGCCUGAAGAUAAUCAGGAAAAAGACCCUUCCAAAAAAAUAUCUCAGAAGAAAAAAUUAGAUGAUGAGAAAGAAGUAUGCCUAAAAGCCAAGUCACAAGAAUCAUUUGCAUCAAAUGAGCUAAAGAAAAAUACAGUUAAUACAGAUAUUCUCCCUGAACACACAGAAUUACUUAACUCUUCUACCUUGGUGAAGCCACCAGCUGCAAAAACAGAAGGUAUACAAAAUAACAUAUUAACUCUUAAUCUGAUUAAACAAGAUAUUGGAAAACCAGCAUCUACCUGGGAAACAUCAGUUACCCAAAACAUAGGUGGUUUUCACACAUCUUUUGAGAAUCUCAAUUCUACAACUAUUACUUUGACAACUUCAAAUUCAGAAGAUAUUCAACCAUCUUUGGAAACCCAAGAAGUACUCGAAAUCACUACGAAUCAUCUUGCUAAUGCAAACUUUACAAAUAAUUCUGUGGAAAUAAAGUCAGCACAGGAAAGUCCAUUCUUAUUCAGCACAAUUACUCAAACAGUUGAAGAAUUAAAUACAAAUAAAGAAUCUGUUAUUGCCAUUUUUGUACCCACAGAAAAUUCCAAACCUACGAUUGAUUCUUUUGUACCUGCUCAAAAAGAAACUGUGGAAAUGGAAGAUCUAGACGUUGAAGACUCCUUAUAUAAGGAUGUAGACUAUGAGACAGAAGUUUUACAAAUUGAACAUUCUUACUGCAGACAAGAUAUAAAUAAGGAACAUCUCUGGCAGAAAGUCUCUAAACUACAUUCAAAAAUAACUCUUCUUGAGCUACAAGAACAACAGACUCUUGGAAGAUUGAAGUCUUUGGAAGCUCUUAUAAGGCAGCUAAAACAAGAAAACUGGCUAUCUGAAGAAAAUGUCAAGAUUAUAGAAAACCACUUCACAACAUAUGAAGUUACUAUGAUAUAGAGUGUUAAGAGGUUUUAAAGCUGUGACUUUUAUAUAAGCUUUUUGCAGCCAAACCAAAUUAUAUGUAAAGUGAACUUUUCCUGUAUAAAGUUCUCAUCUUAAUGAAGCUAAGUGUUCUAAUAUUAUGAACUGUAUCCUGUUCUUAUAAUGUUCAUUUUUGGGAAAAACUAGAGAGUUGUUGGGCUGUAGAGAAAAAGUUUCACUAUUUGGUAAUCUUCUAAAUUAAAGUUAAAAUAGAGUGAAUAAAUAAUAUGGUAAUAUGGUUCAUAAAAUGGGAGAGCAUGGAUAUGGUGAAAGGGAUCCAGAAGAGAAAUAGACUCAGGUAUCAGUCCUGGUUCUACCAUUAGCUUAUGACUUGGGCAAGUUACUAUUGAAUCUCAGUCUGUAAUCUGUAAAAUAAGGGCACUUCCUAAAUCUGGUCUGUUUAUAGUUCUUUUCCUUUCUAUUCAGGUACUUCUAAUAGAACAAAUUUUCUAUAAGGUAAUAAAUACAUAAUAAUAGAUAUUGGCUAGCAUUUGAUGUUAUUAACUAUUAGAUUAUCCUCAAAAUUCUGUGGUGUGUGAUGUUUUGACUAUAUAGUAAUCUGUAGUAACAAAGGAAGGUACUCUUUUUAUAAUUUUAUCCACUUGAACUAAAAUAGCCAUCCUUCAGCCAGUUCAUAGAAGAGGUACAUUAAACUUGAAAGAACAUGUAUUUCAGUACCGUACAUGUAGCUGACCAUCAUAAUACAGAGUCACUUAAUCUUAACAUUCUGUAUUUAAGGUUAUAAUUUGCAAACCAAAGUUUUAAUGAGGUUAAUUUUUAAAAAUCUAUAUAUUACUUUAUUUUAGAAAUCAUACCUUUUAUCUGUUUAAUGUGUAACUUUAAAAAAUGUGUGCUUUUGUCAUUUUUAAAUUCCAGAAUGAUAGAGUAGUACUUAAUAUUCUACAUGCCCACUUACAUAUAUUUUAUUAAAAUACAUAAGAAAUUAUAGAUAUUUGGUGAUGUUCUUAGGCAAGUAGGAGAGAAAUGGUGAUAUAAAUAAAAAUACUGCUUAUAUCCAUAUGAAUUUUUUAAAAUGUGAAAGCAAAGACUUAAUGGGAACAACAGAAAUGUGAAAACAAAAAAGAUCUUGUAAAAUUGUCACUUCAUAUAAUUAAAAUAUGUUACUGAUGGUGGUAUUGAGCAAGUUCUGAUCAGUGUGAUUCAUAUUUUUUUCAUCUUUUUUUUUUUUUAAAUAAAAAAUACUAUUACUUACCU